UAUUACACGAUAAGGUCAAGCAAGUUCAUUAUAAAAAUAUGCGGUUGCAUCCGAUGAUUUAUUAAUGACUAGCACGAUAUUGUAAUCAGUGUAUUAUUGUGAUUCAUAAUGGACACAAGCAAAACAUUUACCGUCUUCCUACUUAUUUGCAUUCAUGUGGCGAUGCAAAUGCCACAAAACAUAGUGACUACAACUCAAGCAACAUCUGCAACUAAAGGAAAUGGCAGAGCCAUAUCUUGUGUCACCGGCAGAGGCGAUGCGGGCGUGUGCACGCGCCGCGAGUCCUGCGACUAUGGGACGCGAGCUAUCGACUUCACUUUAUACGCAAAACAUAAUUAUAAAACAGUAUGCACGAGUGAAGAGACUUGCUGUCCUGUUUCCUCAAUAAUACAAAAUACUGUAUCCAAUUCAUCGUCAGAUUCCGGGAAUUCGAGUAGUGAUAGUAUGUAAUAAUUGUUAUUGUAAUGUUAUUUAAAUAAAGUAAAUAUAGUAAAUAAAUA